CCUCCGGUCUCUCUCGCACUCCGUCUCAGUCUCUGUCUCUGUCUCUCUUCCCCAUUCUCUCUUUGGUACUAAAGCCAUGGCUUCUGCUCCAUUCUCCUCACUAAGUUAAAGCGGGUGGCAAUGGAGGCUCCAUCUCCCUCCUCCUUCGUCUCCCGAGCGAGGACUGCGCUCCAUUCUGCGGCUGCCAAGGCGGACCGUGUGUUCACGGACAUCAAGUCUGACCUCAAGCCCGAUCGAGGUCAGUGGUCUUCUCAUUUCUCUCCACCGUCAAAUGGCGGCAGAAAAUCUCCUGCGAGCUCCGUGAAGCAGUCGGAGGAUGAUUCUCCCCGCGAGUCAAAGAGCUCCCAUGAAUCGAAGCAGUUCAGAUGGAGACCUCCACCGAUAUCGUUAGGGACAAAGCAAGAUUGGCAAGACAGAUUGAGGAACAUCAGGAUAGGCAGAAAAGCAGUGGAUGAAGCUGAGAAAGACGAAGAACAAAAGAUGACCUUCCUGAUAUAUGAUGAAAAUCUGUACGUGAUGAAUGAGAAAAAUGAUGCUGAAUCAAAGGCUUCAGAUCCUAUGUCAGCAUUAGAAGGUCUGCUUGCUGGCAAUUUUGAGAAAAUUCCUCCAUCAUCUAUUAUAAAGCAAUUAGCUGUGGCUAUUCAGAAAGGAACGAAGCAAAAUUCAAUGAAGGAUUUUCUACUAUCAUCAAGAGACUCUUCCCCUAUCAAGGAACGAGCCGGGCUAAGUCUCUCAGCAGUUAGAUCACUUGUGCUCCGAGAAAAGGAAGACAAGGAUAAAUCCGAUUUUGGAGAUGAUGAGGAAGUUCUUUCUUUGAUUAAGGCACUGUUUGAUGCAGAAGGAGGCUUUCUCCGUAGGAAAAGAGGCUACGAGUGGGAUGUAACUUCUGCUUUAAAUUUGGCAAGAGAUAUCCGUGCCGCUCCACCUGGAAGUUUUGUUGUCAAAGUGGCUGAAGUCAUUGGUAGUUUCAAAACCAUGAAGAAGAUGGCUUUGUUCUGGUGCAGGGUUGUCGAGCAUCUGCGAAGACUUUGGUUGGAAAAGCAACAUAUAGCAGGCAUACCUCUGGAUCAGAUUCCAGAUCUUAAAUCCUGUUUAUUAUAUCAGCAGCUUCAGGUUAUCAACUGCUGCAUUUCCCGUAAAAGACGCCAUAGUAUAGCCAAGGAAUCACUAGACACUGCAAUAAGGGAGUCCAGUCCAGACAGGGAUGCAGAAGUUGCAGCUAAAGAUAUGGGAUCUGCAAGCUCUUCUUUGUAUGUGAGAAUAAGCAGUGGGGAACUUGUUCUGCGACUAGGGGCGGACCAUCCAUCUGAUAAUUUGUACAUGUUAAAAACGGGUGAACCCGUAUACUCUCCUGUGACGCAGGAAUGCCCUUUAUUCACUGAGGAUCUUAUCAAAGAAACAGAGGAAUUCGUACUUCGCACUGGCAGUGUAGGUGCUGGGUGUUCUCAAUUGUUCUCAGAUAUGCAGGCCUUUAAGGCUGCUAAUCCUGGUUGCAUCUUAGAAGACUUCGUGAGAUGGCACUCUCCACCAGAUUGGACAGAAGCUGAGGAGUGUGAGACCGUCUCCUUUGACUCUUUGUCUACGAAAGGCCAAUUAAGUAGACGAAUGCAGAAAGAAGGUAAUUUGUGGCGUGAACUGUGGGAGGCAGCCAAACCAGUGCCAGCUGUUAAGCAAUCGCCUCUGUUUGAUGAGGAUUUGGCCGUAGAAGGAAUAUUAAAUUUCUUGGAGGACAUUCCGCCUUUGGAGUUGUUUGAGCAGCUCUUUGUUUCCUUACUGGGAGAAGGUCUUGGGAUUGCGGAAUUUUCACUAUCAGCAGACAGUGGCUUGUCGAUGCUGUUCUAUGAGUGCAAGGAGUAUGUACUUGUGGCUUCUCAAGGUAGUAUAAGCGAGAAGGUCGACGAUCUUUGUCAGGUCUAUGAAACUGUGGAGAUGAUGUUGCUCAAACCAGAGGACGUCUUGAAGAUGAUGAAGCAGGCAGAAGACACAGUCACGACUCCAGCAAGUGGCGAACCAAAAAGUCAGUUCAAAAGACUGAUCCCGAACUUUGGCAGCAAGAACAGGGGCUCAAAAGAGCUAGAACUGAAGAACCAGCGGAAGAGCUCCGGUGAUAACAUGACUCGCCAAUCAUUUGCCAAUUUCUUCGACAGCAAGUCGUCUUUGUUCUCGAAGAAGCCUCCAAAGCCUUUGGGUGUGUCGCCAGUGGAAAAAUCCUCAACUCCUGAUGAUAAUGAAUGGACCUUAGAGUAGGCAUUACACUUUUUUUUUAACUAGUUUUUUAUUUUUUAAAAUUUUUCGAUAAGUAAUUUUUAGAUACUUCUCAUGAUUCAGAAAUUGUAAUUUUUCAAUUGAAUGCUAAGCGAGUUUGAAAACUUUGAAAAGAAGAUCGACGACAUGUUUGGGGUUGGAAUUGAAGCGACAAGUCCUGCUGAUCAGUUGGAAAUUCUAGAUGAAGUUAUGAAGGAUUAUGGAGAAUCCAAAUACUACUUUUUGUAAUUUCUGACUCACAGUAACUUUGAAAUAGUUUUUUGCUUUUACAUA